CAAUGUGGCUCUGCGCGGAUCCGACAGCCCUUGUAAAGGCCGGCUGGAGGUGUAUGAUAAGAAGCAGUGGGGCUUGGUGUGUCAUUACGGGUGGAAAAAAGAAAAUGGAGAGGUUGUGUGUAGAUCAAUAGGGUGUGGGAAUCUUAAACACUCUGAUAUAGAAAUGACCCUCUACAAAAAUCCACCUCCACCACAACAAUAUUUGAUGGAUGAAGUCAAAUGCACAUCUAAAGAAGAGAGCCUUUGGGAAUGCCCAUAUGUUAGCAUAACUAAAAAAGGGAAGUGUGAUGAAAGUAGUUUUGUUGCUGUUGAAUGCUCUGGAGGAGUUAAACUGAGUUUGAAUCUGAAUAGACAGCGUGAUACAUGUGCUGGUGUGGUGGAGUUCACAACAGACAAUGGCAUAAUUGGGGUCUGUAAUAAAAACUGGGAUAAAAGUAAAGCAAACAAGAUAUGUCAGGAGCUUGGUUGUGGAGAUCAUCAUUACAUCCCCAAGCCUGGAAUGUUCAAAGGACAACAGAGCAAACAAAAUGUAUUGCUUAAUUGUGUUAGCGAUGAGAAGUUCUCUUGGCAGUGUAUGGAGUGGUCAGACUGCCAGGAGCGAGCCAGUGUGAUCUGCAGCAAUCACAGGAGGUUCCGUCUACGAGACGGCAGCGAUGCUUGCUCUGGGUUGGUGGAAGAGUACAGUUUUGAAAACAAAUCAUGGGAUCUUCAGCAGACAAAUGUGAAGCCUGAAGUCAUCUGUACGCAACUGAACUGUGGUUCCACUGGAAACUUUACAAAGGCUAAUGGAACUAACAGACUGACGUGCUCAGACAGAGUGAAACUCCACAACUUCACAUCAGAGUGUUUUGGAGAUGUCUCCAUUGAUGUGAAUGGUACUAACUAUGGAGUGUGCUACAGUGAUCAGUCCCGCGAAAAGAUGGGGGCGGUGGUCUGUCGAGAGCUUGGCUGUGGCGACAUAGUGCGUGUGAAACAGGGUUCCUCUGAUUCUAAUGGUUUUCUGAGUAAUGUUGAUUGUCAGGGCGAUGAGCGGUCACUGUGGCAUUGCCUGGCAAUUCGUAAGAAAAAACAAUGCUUGGGAACCAAAGUUAUAUGUUCAGGCAGCUUGGAUGUACGUUUGAGAGACGGUCUGGGUCGCUGUUCUGGACGUGUAGAGGUGAAAUGGGAAGGCUCAUGGAGGUCCAUGGGCUCUGAUGGGAACAUUAUGAUUUCAGACAUGGUGUGUCAACAUCUUAACUGUGGUGAAUCCUCAAACAUAAAUAGAGAACUUUUCAUUGAAGGAGAAAAGGAGCGACUGGAAUGGCUGUGGAAUGUCAGAUGUAGAAGUUCUUCAGCAAAGCUCCAUGAGUGUUUCGACAAUACUGACUUGAAGCCACCACGUCAAAUCAAGAAAAACAUAGAAAUCAUUUGCAAAAAGGAAGAACUUAAAUUCUUUGAAGGCAAUUCUUCAUGCAAGGGAAAAGUGCGCAUCGAGAAAUUUGAUGGUACUGAGCCUGACUGGCUUCCUGCAAAACCAGUGGAAGAGAAUAAGAAAAAAGCCACUGACAUAUGCAGUGCAAUGCAGUGUGGAUCUCUGGUCUCCUUUGAAACAGAGCAAAACACCACAUAUGCCAAAGUCACAUGUUCAGGGUCAAAGAGAGUGACACUUCAAAACCCGUUUGGAGAAAAAUGCUGGGGAAUGGUGAAGGUCUGCGGAGAUGGCAAGUGUGGAGGGGUUUGCAGCAACACUUGGAGAACAAAUGAAGACUCCAAAAUGAUCUGUGAGAACGUGGGCUGUGGAAAUCCAAUUCGGGCCCAGUUACCACUUCAGAUAAAUAAUCUAUCUGCCACUUACCGUAGUGUGUACUGCUCAGAAAAAGUACAAAAUAUGAACAUGUGCAAUUUUAUUCCCAAUGAAAACUCAACCUGUGAACCUCUAGCCCAAGUGAUAUGCACAGACAGCAUCAAAGCAAAACUGGAGGAUCCAAGAGACAAAUGCGCUGGAAAAGCGUCACUGUUUUACGCUGGGAAGUGGACACCCAUCUGCCAAGACAGUCUUGAUACAAACCUUAAAAAUGUAAUCUGCAAGGAACUAUUAUGUGGCGAGAACAUAAAUGACCAAAAUGAUUGGACUUCACAUGAAGAGUCUAAAUCCACAGGACUAUCAAGAAUUAGAUGUCCAGCUAGUGCCAACUCUGUUUCCAAAUGUGACCUUGAAGAGGUUUCAGAGAAAGAAUGUAUUGUUGGCUAUCUGAAAUGCACAGAAUGGGAACGAUUGCUCCUCUAUAAUAAGAAAAGCGCAUGCAGUGGUCCAGUAUAUGGUCUGAGAAAUGGGAAAACACAGCAAGUCAGCAGCAGUGGAUGGGGCAGAGAGGAAGGACAAAUUCUGUGCGAGUAUCUAAAAUGUGGAAAUUACAUAUCACACUCCAAUAUAACCAAAAACACAGAUGAGUGGUGGAAGAAGGCCUAUAAUUGCUCAGGGAAGAAGAAUAUUUGGGGAUGCGAGAGCAAUGAUCAGCCCAACCAGAAUCAGCAGCAGUUAAACAUCCAAUGUGACAGUAAACCUCCAAAAAUUUUGCUCUCAAACAACUGCACAGGUGAGGUGCUCAUAAAUAAAGAGCAUGUUUGUGCAUCCCAGUGGGAUGAUGGGAUGUCCAACAAGUUAUGUGAAAGCCUCAAUUGUGGUAAGGCACUCCACAGAUGGGCCACAGAGUCUGUUAAAACAAAUACCUGGCAUUUCAGCUGCACUGGCAAGGAGACACUGAUGUGGCAGUGUGGCUUUAGAAAAGACAGCUGUAAGAAAAUCCUCUCUGUGGCCUGCAAAGAUAGUGUUGAAUUCAGUUCAACUGAGAAGUGUGGCGGGAAGCUUGGGAUCAGGUAUAAAGGGCAAUGGGAAUAUGUCUGUGGAAAACUGACUGAAGCUGAUACCAAGAAGGUUUGUGAUGUGCUUAAGUGCAACGAUCAAGAACUGCUGGAUGAAGAGAAAAUAGCAAAAGAAAUAAAGGUGAAAAUUGAUUGCCCAGAAAACCAUUACAACAUUUUUCAGUGCAUGCACCAUCUCAAAGACGAUACAUGCAGUUAUGGACCUGCUGAAAUCAAAUGUGAAGGUUAUACUCCAAAAGGAGGUAAUUCUUCAGUGGGUCUGAUAUUGGGUCUGUUAGGAGGCGUGCUGGGGUUGCUGAUUUUGUUUUUAAUGUGGACAAAUCGGAAACGCCUACUUUUAGCCUUAAGACAUUACAGAAAUAAAAAUGGCAAAGACAUCAACCCUGAUGUGAAGGAAAUGGAUAAGAUGGAUACAGAGGACAGAGAUUUGUCUGAAGGAAAGGAAUUGUUUUUAGAUAAUGAUGACUACGAGGAUGUGGAUUCUCUCAUGGACAAAUCAGGAGAGGAGGAUGAAAAUGACAGAAAAAGAGGUUCUUCUGGGACAGAAUAUGAUGACAUUGAGGAACAAGCCAGUGGAAUCUCUCCUUCUCAAACCCACCAUGAUGAAGACCUCGACGUCCCUCUCCUUCCCAAGAGACCCGAGAACAUUCUUGAUCAGGACACCUAUGAAGUGGAGACAGAGAAACAGCAGUACUAUGAUGAUGUCAUACCUGUCGAGGCUGCAGCCAAUGAAAAUGCAGGGAUGACAGGCACACAAUCAUAUGAAAAUGUAGAUGUGGAUGAAGGUGCAGAUUCAGAUUUAGAUGCAGGUUUAGUUGCAGAUGCAGUAUUGGUGACCACAGAGGUAGACGUUCACCCUCAAGCAGAGUAAUGAAGCAGUCACGUGACCAAAUUGUUCUUUUGAGUUAAUAUUAAUGAGAGAUAAGAUUGUAUGUUCUUAUAACAGUAGAAUAUUAGGAAGAAAAUAUGGAUAAACAAAUGCUGUUUAAUGAUGCUAGCUCUAAAGAUUUCUCUCAAGAUGUAUAAAAGAAGGGACUCAUGCAUAAAACUGAUUUGGAAUAACUAAAUCUUUAAUUAUCGUCACAGUAGUGUGUGAACUGAUGAAAAGAGCUCAUUUUUGUGCCGACAAAGCAGUCAAACGUUUUGUCAUUCUUUAGGUUUUGAUGUGUAGUUUUAAUCUGUUUGCUUCUGUUAUGCUUUAUUUGUUUUUUAGUCUGUUAAAGCUCAUGAGCAGGCCCACACGAACUCAGCAGAAAACCUUGAAAUUCAAAUGUAAUAAGUUAUCGCUAUCUUGUUCAUUUGAUUUGAUAAAAUCUUUUAAAAAUGUUCACUUGGUUCACCCAACAGCUUAAAUUUGCUGAAAAUUUCCAACAUGAGUUUGGUCACUACAGAUUUGGGAAAAAAAAUAGCAUUACAUCACUUCACCAAUGGAUCCUCUGCUGUGAAUGAGUGCCAUCAGAAUCCACAAGUAAUCCACUCGACUCCAUCAGUUGAUGUCUUCUGAAGUGAAA